AUGGCCGAGGGCAAGCGGACGUCUUUGUCGUCGUCGUUCUUGUGCUCGCCGAUCCCCAAAGAUCCGUCCCAAGUCUUCUUCGUGGACAAGAGCAGCUCCGCACAGUCAAAAGGCACAUCAAGCGACGAUUUCCUGGACGAUGGAGUAACGCCGUCUAAGGCCAGUGAUCCCACCUUGCCAGAUCGGGCACAGCAGCAGCACGAGCGGGAGCACGAGCUGGAAAACGAAGCUAAGCAACAGGAAAAAGCGAGCGAUGGCGCGAGGGAGAAGAAGCGCCAGCGACUUGAGAUUGAGAGUUUUGCAGUGUUCAAGAACGAAGAGCUGAAGCGCGAGGCUGAUUUGCUCCGAAUCCAGCUCGAGACCAAGUCGCAACGACAUCAGAUCGAGCUGAAGGAGCGAGAUGUAAAGCUGGACCAACUCCGCCGUCAGUUGAAGUAUGCUGUAGCAGCAGAAGACAAGACAAUGAAGGAGCUCAAGAACAUUGUAAAUGAACAUUCGGUUGAGAAAUUGCAGCUGGAGAAGAGAGUGGUGGAGUUGGAAGCGCAGCUGAAGCUCGUGGAAGGGAAGCUGGAUGAGUGGAAAGAAAAAGCUUUGGAAACGACUGAUCAGCUACGCAUGCACACAAGGCAGUCCACCAUGAAGAUUCAGCUAUUGCAAGACGAGCUAGAAGCUGCCCAAGACUCGUCAAUGACAACCUCUCAGAGCGAGGACAACAUUCUCGAAUCGAAGAUUCGUUUGCUGGAAUCCCAACUCAAACAGAAAAGCAUGGAGGCUGAGCACAUGGCUUCUAGAAUGCUCGGCGCGCAAGAUACACUCGAUGAUGCGUGCGAAGUUCGAGAGUUAAACGAGCAGAUUGUGCAACUACGGUCGACAGAGCGCAAACUUAAGGCCGAGUUGGUGGACUUGAUCGAGGCAUCCCGAUCAUCUUCUGUUUUGCAGGAAAAGCUGUAUCGAGUGACUCGAAAACUUCAACAGAGUGAAGAACGGAACGCUCAGUCACUCGAACGCAUUGAGAAAGCAAUGCUGGUAGAGGAGGCGCAUAAAGAGUUUUACAACUACUUCGACCAGAUUGUCAAAGAAGCGAAGAGUGAUGUAACGUUGGAGGAUCUAAAAAAACGACCAGCCGCAUCGGUAGUUGAGCUGUACAAAGCGCGUCAGAAUGCAUUCGAGAUGCUGUUUGAACAAAAGAAUAAUGUGGAGAUUCAACGUCGACGGUUAGAGAAGCAUUGUGAGAAGCUGCAAGUCGAUUUGAUUACGUCCAGUAAUAAUUGUGCAAAACUUGAAACACAGCUUGCGGGGAUCCAGGAGAAGAUGAGCGGGUCUAAUGAUGUGGCGACACAUUUGCGCAAGAUCAACGCAGAGCUGGUAGAGAUCCUUGAAACGUAUGGUAAGGAUCUGGAUGAUGAAGCCGGAGAUGAUUCUACAUCAAAGCGAGUGGCCCUGCUGGAAUCUGCGCUGAAGCAAUCUGAAGAGCUGAUAACGAGCAUGGAACUUGCUCAGCAGUCGAUGGCGACACCUGCUAUUGUCAAAAGGUAUGAAGCACGGAUUGAGCGAUUGGAGAAGGCACUGACUCAUAUUGAGCAAGACAACGGGGGUCUGAGAAAGCAUCUUGAAAAGGCAGAGAUGGAGCUGGCAGUUUUUGAGAAGCGGCUAGGCAAAGGCGAGUUCAAUGUUGAAACGACCAAAAUCGUACACUUGGCCGUAAACCCUACACGCGAGCUGUUGCAAAGCAAGGCUACGUCGAAUGACGUCGAAAACUUGCGCCGGGAAAAUGAGGCACUACGAGCUCGACUCACGAAGCUUACGGACGGUGGAGACGUCGAGUCUCCGGGUGUAUGCGCCGAAGACAAACUUACAACGACAACUUCGUACGAUACGGUAGACGGUCUGAAGAAGCUCAACCAGCGUCUGAAGCAGGUGUUCGGAGACCAGAUUCGGCAAUAUCGAGAGGCCGUGUAUUUGCUCACAGGUUACAAGGUGGACUUGAAAAAGAGCAAUGGCAUGGAGAUGCUGCGCCUGCGCUCCAUGUACGCCGAGCACGAUGACGACGACCUAUUGAUUCGCAUGGAAGCCAGUGGAUCGUUGGAGCUAUUGGACAGCGACUUUUGCUCACGCAUUAAUCAGCGCGUCUUCGCUUAUUUGACGACAUGUCGGUCGUUCCCAGCUUUCUUGUCGACACUCACGCUGCAUUUGUUCGAGAAGCAGACCUUCCAGGGCAACUAG